CCCCAUAAAAAAGACAAAAGUAAAAUUUGUACUAAAUAGGAUUAAUAAUGUUUAAUGCGAGAAAUAAUGUUUGGUGGAUAUUUACCUGAAUAAUGAUUAAUAAUGGAUAAUGACAAGUGAUUUUAUAUUGAGAAAUAAAAACAAAUGAUCGUUGUGUCCUAAAUUCCCCAUAAACUGGCAACACUGAUAAAGUCAAUGCGAAGGCAGACGCCGCCGGCGAACGGAAGCAGAAUGAGUGGCGGAGGAGAUCAUUCUGGGUCUGGUCCAGCUGGUUUUGCCCAAUCCUUCUUCGUCUGUCUGCUCUCCGUGCUUUCGGUGAUAAACAAGGGGUCAGCUAGUGGAUAUUCGCCGGCUGCAGCGGCAGAAAUCAUAUCGAGAUUCCAGGAGUACCUCCGAAUCGACACAGCCCAACCCAAUCCGCGCUACGGAGAAGCGGCUGAUUUCAUCAUCUCCCAGGCCAAGUCCCUGUCCCUCGAAGCCCAGACCAUAGAAUUCGUCAAGGGCAAGCCUCUAGUCCUCCUCAAAUGGCCCGGCAAGGACCCGACCCUCCCCUCUGUCCUUCUAAAUUCCCACACCGACGUCGUCCCUUCCGAGCCUCACAAGUGGUCUCACCCUCCCUUUGGCGCCCAACUCGAUCACGCCACAGGCAACAUCUAUGCCAGGGGCUCCCAGGACAUGAAGUGUGUCGGCCUCCAGUACCUGGAAGCUAUUCGCAGCCUCAAGGAUUCUGGAUUCCGUCCAAUCCGCACUGUUUACCUCUCCUUCGUUCCCGACGAGGAAAUCGGCGGCCAGGACGGGGCUGAGAAAUUCGCGAACUCCGACAUCUUUCGGGAGAUGAACGUUGGGGUUGUGCUGGACGAAGGUUUGGCUUCCCCCACGGGUAACUACCGGGCCUUCUACGGUGAGAGGUCCCCUUGGUGGCUGGUUAUCAAGGCAGUUGGGGCCCCCGGACACGGUGCCAAGCUCUAUGACAAUACUGCUAUGGAGAAUCUUUUUAAGAGCAUCGAAAGCAUAAGGAGGUUCAGAGCUGCUCAGUUCGACUUGGUCAAGGCUGGCCUGAAGGCUGAAGGAGAGGUCAUCUCUGUCAAUAUGGUGUUCCUGAGAGCUGGCACCCCUUCCCCCAAUGUAAAAGUCCCUGAUUUUUUAUUAUUUAUGGGAUGGAUCCAUGUAGAUCUGGUUCAUAACCUCUUUCUGCAGAGCACUGCGGGGUGCUUUGAUGUUCGAGUUCCACCGACUGCUGAUCAGGCCUCAUUGGAGAGGCAAAUUGCUGAGGAAUGGGCACCUGCUUCACGCAACAUGACCUUUGAGUUCAAGGUGAAAGUAUCCAUACACGAUAAAUUUGGGAAACCUGCACUUACAGCUACAGACUGUUCUAAUAUUUGGUGGACGUUACUAGAGGAAGCUAUCAAGGUUGCGAAAGAGAAACUCGGGAAACCAGAAAUAUUUCCUGCCUCGACAGAUGCACGUUACUUUAGAGAGAGAGGCCUUACAGCUAUUGGCUUUUCUCCCAUGGCAAACACUCCGGUUCUCCUUCACAACCACAAUGAGUUUCUGAACAAAGAUGAAUAUUUGAAAGGCGUUGGUGUUUACGAGUCAAUAAUCAAGGCAUACACGUCUUUUGUUGAUCACAUGCGAGAUGAUGUUUCCAAAGCAGAGUUAUGAGGACACACGAGACCUUAUCAACAAGAUUUAGUUUAAGGUAAAUUAUUACGUUAAGGGCCUUCUUAGUAUCUAUUAGUAUUUGAAUAAAUUUGUAGAAUCAUU